UGUGGGUGUCGUCAACAACUUGCACUAAAAUGAACAAUGAUAAUCCAAAUAUAAUAUUUAAUCCGCUUAUAAGCUCAAUACAGAAGGUGGUGCUGUAUGAAACACGUGCGAGAUUGUAUUUGGUGGGCAGCAACAAUCGCGAGACUCGCUUUCGAUUGCUCACCAUCGAUCGGUUGGCGCUCAAUCGAUUGAGCAUCGAGGAGAAUGCAAAUGAAUUCAACAGUUUGGAGAUACGCCGAUUUGUGUCCACCUUGACGGGAUCACCGAAAGUGACCAGUGCCUAUGGCGUGCUGGGAUUUGUGCGCUUCCUGGAGGGCUAUUACCUCAUCCUGGUGACGAAGCGCAAAUGCUGUGCACACAUUGGCAUGCACCUGGUUUACACCAUCAAGGACACGGUGAUGGUGCGGGUCAACGAGGUGACCUCCCAGCGACCUCCACAUCCGCACGAGGAGCGCUACAAGCGCAUGUUCCAGAACAUUGAUCUCCGGAGCAACUUUUACUUCUCCUACUCCUACGAUCUGACGCGCACGCUGCAGUAUAAUGAAUCCGCACCGCGUUUUGUGGGCGCCCAGGUGAAUCUGGAGCGGGAUGAACCGCUGCCGGACUGGAACACACUCACCAACAAUGUGAAGCAGCCACACGAGCGUGUGGAUUACGCAUUUCGCAGUGAUUCCCGCAAGCGUUUCGUUUGGAAUGCAUAUCUGCUGCAGGCCAUGGACGGCAUUAUGCUCAAGGAUUGGCUGCUGGAGGUCACGCACGGCUAUGUCAGCCAAUCAUGCAUCAGCAUCUUUGGACGCCAUGUCAGUGUCUGUCUCAUAGCGCGUCGCAGCACGCGCUUUGCCGGCACACGAUUCCUGAAGCGAGGCGCCAACUUCAAGGGCGACGUGGCCAACGAGGUGGAAACGGAGCAGAUUGUUAGUGAUGGCCAGCGUUUAUGUGCCUUCACCCAGAUGCGAGGAUCAAUACCCUCCCACUGGUCCCAGGACAUUAGCAAGAUGGUGCCCAAACCGCCUAUACAACUGGACAUUUCUGAUCCUUAUGCUCAGACGCCAUCGCGUCAUUUCGAGCGUCUGCUCUUUCACUAUGGUGCGCCGCUGAUUAUGCUAAAUCUGGUGAAGAAACGGGAGCGUCGCAAGCAUGAGUCCAUCAUAUCCAAGGAGCUGGAGCAUAGCAUUCGAUAUCUGAACCAGUUCCUGCCGCCGCAGCAUCGCAUGAAGCACAUCCACUUUGAUAUGGCGCGUCAGAGUCGCCUCAGCGGUGGCAAUGUCAUGGAACAGCUGGCCGUGCACGCAGAGAGCAUUAUCCAGAUGACGGGCAUGUUUCACAAGGCACAUCGGGGCAGUGAGAUCAGUUUCCAGUCCGGCAUUGUGCGCACCAAUUGCGUGGAUUGCCUGGAUCGCACCAACUCGGCACAGUUCGCCAUUGGCAAGUGUGCGCUGGGACACCAGCUGAAGCGGAUGGGUUUCCUCAAGACUGCCAAACUGGAAUUUGACUCGGAUUGUGUCACAAUGUUGGAGCAUCUGUACGAGGAGCAUGGCGACACAUUGGCACUGCAAUACGGUGGCUCCCAGUUGGUACAUCGCAUCAAGACGUAUCGCAAGACGGCGGUUUGGGCAUCCCAGGGAAACGAUCUGAUGCAGACCUUGAGUCGCUACUACAGCAACACCUUCAGCGACACGGAGAAACAGCAGAGCAUCAACCUCUUCCUGGGUCUCUACAAACCCAGCUUUACCAAGUUGAAUCAACCCAUUUGGGAGCUGCAAACGGACUACGAUAUGCACAAUGCCUUUGUGCCGAGCACAUCGAGAGCACCGAUUACGGAUUGGGUGCGUCGAAAGGUGCGGGAGAGUUUGCCGUAUCCGUGCGCAGAUGCCAACAAGCUGGUGAAGGAGCUGAUUCGAGUGCACAGCAAUGGACUAGAGAUGAUUGAUGCCUACUCGAAUUAUCAUCAGUCAUUCAAGUGGACAGACUUGAGUGAACACAUUGAGUUCGAGAUCAGUCAACUGGCUACGAAAUAUAUGCCCACAUUCCGCACAAACUACAGUCCGUUUCAGCGUCAGAUACAGCCGUCUCGCAAGGCACGACAGAAUCCCUCGAUGACUGGCCAAAGCUCCACGGGAUCCACUAACAGCAACUCCUCCAGCUCCAGUGAGGGCGACGACAGCUCCAGCGAUGAGGAACUGAGUGCCAGUUUUGCCGAGAAGGAGUCCAAGCAAACGGAAACUGAUGAACCAGCUGCUUUCACCCUGGCCUCCAUGCUGCCUUCCAUGGCAGAGGUUUAUGGCUGCACAAUUAGUUCACCUUCCAAGCCGAGCAUGGCCAUUUAUAAGAAAUACGUUCAAAUUGGCAAGUUGUCUAGCGGUGGCAUCCAAUCCUCGCAGACAGCGGUGGCUCAGCGGGAACAAGAGCUGGCUAAGAUGAUGCGGGGAAUCACACUGCGACCGCUUAGUGACUACGGCACUGACUCAUAUCUCAGUGUUCAGCCGCCCACUGUGCCGCCAGAGAGUCAACUCAUUUAUGCGCAAUACUGCAAUAUACCGCGCAACUUUAAUGCGGUGCCCAAAUUCGAGGAGUUUGAUUUGUUGUAUCGCUAUGUUCAGACGCUUUAAAAGCGACCAAAGAUAAAAAUUAAAUUUGAUAUAAUCUUAGUUCAAAGCUUGCUUAAAGAUUCAAUUGCUUUCUUUUGUGAGUUGUGGAUUUAAUAUACGAAAUAAAGUUGAGCUUUAAACCAGUUCAAUUCAAGCUUUAAAGUGCUUUCCAAGUGCAGAUUAUUUUGACUUAAUAAUAGUAUGAUAAAUGAGACUAAAUAAGGAGAAUACAGAAUAAAUAACUAUUUAAAAAAUAUGUAAGCUUGUCAUCAAUUGAAAGGUUUAUAAGCUUAAAUUAAAUAAUAUUACAUGCUCAUUAAAGACCGAUUUCAAAUAUAAA